AUGCUAUCCCGUUCCCUACGUACUGCAUGCUCGAACAAAGGUUACAAAACCUUUUCACUGGCCAAGUCAUACCCGACUAAGUCUACUUCGAGACUACUUUCCACUGGAACUGCAGAUGCAAAAUCUGUAGAUUCAAAGAAUGUUUUGAAGUUCAAUAAAGCCACUAAUGAAAACACCAAGUCUGAAGUGAGUGGACAAAAGACCAAAGGCGACUUUCAGAACAAGAAUCAGUUUAUAUCUACCCUUUACGAUUCUUUGGAGACAGACUAUACUGAGUUUUCUCCACUGUUUGAAAAAGUGCAGCAGGCAUUUUUGAAAGCUUCGCCGAGAGAUAGAGGCCGUUCUUUUUUUAGCAUGAUUCCACUAGGAAAUGCACUGUUGACCAGAAUUUUGGACAUCAAAAAGAAAACCAACAAUGACGUCCCAACUUCAAUUCUCUUCAAGGAGAUCGUUUCCUUACUAAUUGAAAACAAGUUGAUUCAUGUUUCACACUUUAAUAGAUAUAUUAGAGAACUGAUUGCGGAAAAGAAAUACUUAAAUGCUUUAACCAUAUGGAUUGAAAAUGUGAAUUAUUUCAAAGACACUCCCCAAGCUUUCGUAUCCAAGAUUAACAACUCUGGAAUUUCAAAGGAAUACAACUUACUUGGUUUAUCACUAUAUCUACUUUCACUGAUUGAGAAUAAUGAAAAAAAGGUUGAUCCGGAGUUUAUCAAGUUAAUUUUUGGAGAUAAGCCAUCUUGUUCACUAUCAAACUUUCAAUAUUUUGUUGAUGGCUUGACUUUACCAUCUGAAGAUGCCCAAACUAUCGUGUCUUUAUACUCAACCUAUACAAGCGACUUAUUUGAUAUUAAUUCAAGCGAAAGUUUGAAAGGAAUAAGAGUUGCUUCUGUUGACGGUAAGGUUGUCCAUUUAGAAAAUACCAUCAAUAAAAACUUGCUCGCAUAUAACGGAAGAGAGGCCCAAAUCAAACCAUCCACGAUUGCUCAUUACAUGGAAUACUCGAACAACUGUAAGCUGUACUCUAGAUCGAUAGAGCUUUGGAAAUUUGCGUCUCUGAACAAAAUUGAGUUAACCGUUGAAAUAUGGAAUCAGUUGCUAAGUUCAUUUGCUAGUUCCGCGAUUGUUGAUUCUAGAAAUAAGGUUGAGUCCGUUUGGAAAUUGUUGAACGAAUCCGUCAGACCAAACUCGCAAUCAUAUUCUAUUUAUGUGAAGUAUCUCCUAAAAAAUAAAGAAAUCGGUAGAGUUGAGGAGAUUAUCAAUGACUUGAAAAAAAAUCAACCAAAGCUUUUUGACAACAGCUUGAAAUGUGCAAUGAUCGAGUUUUUGUUACUUUCAGAUAAAACAACCGAGUCCUUACAACUUUUUAAAAUCUAUCAACAAUCUGAAACAUUUGUUCCUACCAUUGAAAUUUAUAACAAGCUACUGAGCAAGUUGAUUACAGAGAAAAACUUUGAUGACGCCCAAAAGUUGUUGGAUGAAUUAAUGUCAAAGAAAUAUGAAAAUAUUUCCCCAGAUAUCGCAACGUGGACCACUAUAAUUGACUUUUUACUGAAAACUUCAGCAAGAUCCAAUUUAACGAAGGACGAGAUAUUGGAUAAAAUUUUGUCGAUUAUCAAGACAAUGGAGUCUCAUAACAUUAAAUUCAAUUCUGUCGCACUGAUUACAGUUGCUAAUAAUUUGUUGAGAAAUCGUCAAACUAGUGAUUUAGGGUUCUCCAUUUUGCAAAGUAUGGAAUCAUCGAACGUUAAAUUGAACGCUGUUGGCUACAGUGGUAUCAUAACAGCUUUCACCAGUGUUGGUGAUAUGACCAAUUCUUUGUACUACUACGACAAAGCAUUGAAAAACGGUAUUAAACCAACUGCAUUUUUAUACAACUCCAUUUUGAAGGGUUAUUCCAGAAGUCCUAACAUCCCAGAAACCAAAAAGUUUAUGGAGGGCAUUAAAGCACUUGCAGAGGCCAACCCUCACAAUAUGAAACUAUUGCCUAACAAAUAUACUUUCUACUAUUUAUUGUCACAAGGUGUUGCUCUCAAGGACCGUGACUUUGUGCACGAUGUUUUAAAGGAAUUGAGCGAGACUAACACCGAAUUGGGUUCUUCACUACCAACUAUCUUGAAAUCCUUGAAAGAAAGUGGUUACAACAUUCCAGAAUCAUUGGCUCAAAAGAUCCAGUAG